UUUUUUUUUUUUUUUUUGGGAAGCAAUAUUAGAUUUGAUGACAUUUAUCAGUUGUGAACACAUCUUAGAAUAUGAAAGAUUCUCUAACAAUUAUGCAAAACCAAACAAAUAAAAUCUCGAGUGACUGACUUACCAACUUCAGCCAAUUCACCACUCUCCUUUCCUUUUUUCUUUAAUCUUCUGCCUUUUCCUUUCCCCCCUUUAUAAACCCCCCAAAAAAUUCACAUUUCAGUAAUCAUUCAUUUCACUCAUUAACUUUUCUCAAAAGAAAAAAAAAAAAGAGAGAAAUCGAAAUGGCUUUUACAGCAACCUCAGUAUCCCAAAAAACGGCACUUUUAGACCAACACAAAGAGAAGCAUUUCACCGCAGGAGAAGUUGUGCGUGACAUUAUCAUUGGUGUGUCUGAUGGCCUUACUGUCCCUUUCGCCCUCGCCGCCGGCUUGUCCGGGGCUAAUGCCUCCUCCUCUAUUGUCCUCACUGCCGGCAUCGCUGAAGUCGCUGCCGGCGCCAUUUCCAUGGGCCUUGGCGGGUAUUUGGCGGCGAAGAGUGAGGCAGAUCAUUAUGCAAUGGAAUUGAAGAGAGAACAAGACGAGAUAAUAUCAGUGCCUGAUACAGAGGCUGCUGAGGUAGCAGAGAUAUUGGCGCAGUAUGGAAUAGAGCCACAUGAGUAUGCUCCUGUUGUAAAUGCUCUUAGAAGAAAGCCUCAAGCUUGGCUUGACUUUAUGAUGAAAUUUGAGCUAGGUUUGGAGAAGCCAGACCCAAGAAGAGCCCUACAAAGUGCAUUUACAAUAGGCAUAGCCUACAUAAUUGGUGGUUUAGUCCCCCUAUUUCCUUACAUGUUCAUCCCUGUGGCAAUGAAAGCUAUGGUUGCAUCCAUUAUUGUAACCUUAAUCGCGCUGUUCAUCUUUGGUUACGCGAAAGGCCACUUCACUGGCAGUAAACCGAUCAAGAGUGCUCUUCAAACUGCGCUGAUUGGUGCUCUGGCUUCUGCUGCUGCAUAUGGCAUGGCUAAGGUUGUUCAAGGAUAGCACAUAUGCAAAGUUGCAAACCUUUUAUUUUAAUAGGAUUUUGGAUUUUGUUCUAGUGUUUUGAUGUUUGGUAGAGAGUAUUUUGAGUUUUAGUUUCCUUUUAAUUGUACUUUUGCUUUAGAUUAGUCUUUUAGCAAAAUUCUUUGUGUUUGAUUUCAAAUGACUGCAUUGGUAUCCCUAUAAAUCUUGUCUCUCCUCCCCUCCCACGGCCUUGCCGACCAUCCACAAUUGAUAGUCUAAAUUGGUUGGCGGCCAAACAAAAGACACCCUAGCUAGAGGUGUGACAAUCGUCUAGUGGUACUAAUGGCUGUGCAGUGGUCGAUUGAUGGUGGUAGUGGUCGGAUAGUCGUGCUAGUGAUGAUGUUAGUGGUGAUGCAGUAGCCAGUAGGUAAUGUUAAUGGUGAUAGAGGAGAGAGAAAGCGAGUUUUUGCUUAAGAAUUUACCAUAUAACCCUUGAUAUUAACAAGUUUUGAAAU